AUGGCUACUUUCGCGUCCUCUCGCCAUACGCCAGCUUCACUCCAGCAACUCACGCCCCCCAGUAGUUCCCACGGCGCAGGAGGAUCGUGGGACUUUGCUGUGCCUGUCAACGAUUCGAGACAGUCAUACGACCAGGAGCCCUACAUGUCUGAAUACGGUGCUUCCGCCCACGAUUCCCGACAGCCCCUCACUUCGCAAGCCAACGGAUUCGUCAAGCCCGUACGCUCGCCCACGUGGGACUCACAGGACCAGAACCGCUCACAGUUGGUCCCUGACCGCAUGAACGAACUGCAUAAGAAGAAAAGUGGAGACAUGAUUGCCAGCAACAUCGACCAGGACAGUGUGUUGGAGUACUACAAAAGCCACACCAACAACAAAAAGGGCCCCGUUUCCGUCAAGGGAAAGCCCAAGAAGAAGACGACCAAGCCUGGUGCAACAGAGCCCGAGUAUGACGCAAACCACUGGAUACACCGAGACAAGCUUAAGGAGAUUGAGACUCGGGAACUAGAGGAGGCAGGCUUCAGGGUUGGACGGUCGAGCAGGUCGAACAGCCGCUCGCAAAGCGCCACGCGACGUGCGCGAGACCGCACAAACUCUGCAUCUACGGACCACACGCAGAACGGCGAAGAGCGAUCCGAGCCCCGCAAACGCAUAUCCACGAUACCAGCUGAAGAUGAGGAUGCCACAGAGGAAUACCAUGCUUGGAGCCCGACGUUCCCGGCCGACGGCACGACCGAGUUCCAACCAUCUUCUCAGAGAACAAACCACACUGUGAGGCCUAGUACUUCUCGCAUUCCUCUACCCAAGACGAGCGGUAUUCCUGUACCUGCUUCAAUGGCAGAGCGUGACGCGCCGCUGCCAAGGUCUAGAGGGAACAGUGGAAACUGGAACGGGGACGCGAUUGCUACCAUGGGUGCACGCGUACGGAGCGGCAGUGUAGGCAGCCAAGCAUUGCUCGAUGAUGUCGACGAUGGUCGGCAGACGACGCCUCCAUAUGGUAGCCACAGGCGCAAUACCUCUACUGGAAGCUGGAGUCCGCCUAAAUCGCCCCAGAAGUCGCCUAUGAAAGCCAAAACGCCAGGGAAGACCAACGCUACUGGAGCACGCAAAGCCAGUGCCCAGAAGACACAGCCUAGGUCCCGCGUAACAUCCAACAACUCGCCUCCAAAUCGUCCACGGACCAGUGGCGGGUCUACCACGACAAGGCCUACCACCAGCCACCGACCGGAAGGUGAGGCUCCAUGGAUAGCGUCCAUGUACAAGCCCGACCCACGUCUGCCGCCAGACCAGCAGAUUAUCCCAACCCAUGCCAAGCGAAUGCAGCAGGAACAAUGGGAGAACCAAGGGAGGGUCGGUUCCAUGUACGACAAGGAUUUCCGGUUGUUGAAUGAUGAUGAUAUGGCGGACAAGCGACUAUCACAGCUCGCCAACCUUGACCCCAUCGCUAUCGAGAAGGCUCGAGAGGCUGAAACCUGGCCACUUCCCAGUCCGACAAAGCCCGACUCACCUGCGUCGCUUGAGAAGGUUGACACAAACACUGCCAAAUCGCCGGUCAACGAAGGUGGUUACAGCCUGACACCGAAGAUACCUCAAGGUCCCGAGCGUGCUCCUUCACCAAAAAUGGCCCCUCCUAUCGCCCCGGCCGAGCCAAAGCCUGCCGUGACUCGCGUGCCCGAGCCGAAGGAGGAGCUCAAGGAGAAGAAGGGCUGCUGCUGCAUCUCGGACGGAGAAGACGAUACCAAAUCCCAAGUCAGCGCGGCCGCCGAGGUCGAGGUCUCUGCCGAUGCAUCCGGUGGCAAGGGCCAGAUGAGCGUCCUUGAGGCUCUCAAGGGUGUCCUCAAGCUCUCCCUCAUCCACGACGGACUUGCCCGUGGUCUGCGCGAGGCCUCCAAGGCCCUCGACCGUCGCGAGGCGCACAUGUGCGUUCUCAACGAGGCCUGCGAGGAGGAGGCAUACAAGAAGCUCGUCGUUGCCCUGUGCUCCGAGCACAAGAUCCCCCUCAUCAAGGUUCCCGAUGGCAAGCAGCUCGGCGAGUGGGCCGGUCUCUGCCAGAUCGACCGUGAGGGUAACCCCCGCAAGGUCGUCAACUGCUCUUGCGUCGUCGUCAAGGACUGGGGUGAGGAGUCCCAGGAGCGCAGCAUCCUCCUCAACUACUUCCAGACCGAGCAGUAA